AUGAAGAAUCUUGUGUGUGCGUGUAUUCUCGCUGCCGGCGCAUCGGUCGCUCAGGCGCAGUUGACUAGUCAGAGUGUUGCAUCGGGUCUCUCGGGACCUGUGUUCGUGACUCACGCGGGCGACGGCUCAGGCCGUUUGUUCGUGAUCGAACAAGCUGGUCGUAUCCGGAUCAUCGAUUCGGACGGAACUCUGCUUGCGACACCGUUCCUUGAUAUCACCGGACCGGUCCGCUCCGGAGGCGAGCGUGGAUUGCUUGGUCUUGCGUUCCACCCAGACUACGCGGUCGAAGGUGCUGACGGCGAAGGCAAGUUCUAUGUGAACUACACCGGCGAUACCGGUUCGGGUGACACGUUCAUUUCUGAGUUCAGCGCUGUGACUGAUACAGUUGCGAAUCCUGCUUCAGAGCGGAUUCUCAUGCAGAUUGAUCAGCCGUUCUCAAACCAUAAUGGCGGUUGGAUCGGGUUCGGUCCGGAUGGAUACCUGUACAUUUCGACCGGUGACGGCGGAUCGGGUGGUGAUCCGGGAAACCGUUCGGCGAAUCUGGCAAGCUUGCUUGGGAAGAUGCUGCGAAUCGAUGUCGACACGAUGGAUUUAGGUCUUGAGUACGGCAUCCCAUCCGGCAACGCAUGGAACGAUGGCGACUCCACCACACGCGGUGAGAUCUACCACUACGGCAUCCGCAACGCUUGGCGCUGUUCCUUCGAUCGUGAUAACGGCGACAUGUGGAUCGCGGAUGUUGGUCAGAACGCGUGGGAAGAAGUAAACCACAAUGUUGGCAAUGUCGGUGGCUUGUUCUACGGCUGGCGCUGCCGCGAAGGUCUCGUGCAGUACAGCACUGGGAACUGCGGUGUGACUGGAUGGACCGAUCCGCAGUAUGUGUACAACCACAGUCAAGGAUGCUCGGUCACAGGUGGCUAUGUGUACCGUGGCUGUGAGCUUGGUACUGACUACCAAGGGAAGUACAUCUUCGCGGACUACUGCACAGGUGACAUCUGGUCGCUCGAUCCGGAUAACGGCUACAGCCGAUCCACAGAGUUUGCGGCUGGUUUCGGUGUGACCUCGUUCGGUGAGGACGAAGACGGCGAGGUCUACUUCACCCGAGGAUCUGGUGUAUUCAAGAUCAUCAAUCCGAGCGCACCAGACAAGAACGACGACGGCAUCCCUGAUGCGUGUGAGGAAGCGUGUCUUCCAGACUUCACAGGCGAGGGUGAUCUGAACUUUCUCGAUGUUUCCGCGUUCCUCGCGGCAUUCGGGAAUCAGGAUCCUGCGGCGGAUUUUACUGGAGAAGGUUCUUUCAACUUUCUUGAUGUCUCCGCGUUUCUCUCGGCGUUCAGUGCUGGAUGUCCUUGA